AGAAGAUAAAACUAAAGGAAAAUAUAGAUAAUUUUGUUUCUUUUAGGAAAACGUAGUUUACGGAGGAACCCAACGUUAAAGGAAGUGCAUUAAAGCUGAAAACAAAUAAGAAAGUGAAAAACCAAUUGAAACCCUAAUUUCACUUCAAAAAAUGUUCCCGGUUGUUAAAGGAAGGGCAUUUUGAUUUGCCGUAUAUAUAUAUAUAUAUAUGAGGAGAGUCUAACAUCACAUUCAUAUGCUCUAACAUCAAAAUCUCGUCUCUUCUAUAUACUCACUUUAAUUGUUUCCAAUUACCAUCCAAGAAGAUGAAUAGGCCGGGAGAUUGGAACUGCCGUUCGUGUAGCCACCUCAACUUCCAAAGGAGAGAUUCGUGCCAACGCUGCAGAGAGCCAAGAUUAGGCGGCAUUACUGAUUUAGUCACCGGUUUUGCUGGCCGCUCGGUUAGCAGCUCCUUCGGUUUCAACAUCGGUCCAGACGUGAGACCCGGUGAUUGGUACUGCAGCCUCGGAAAUUGCGGGACCCACAAUUUCGCCAGCAGGUCCAGCUGUUUCAAGUGUGGUGCCGCCAAAGAUGAGUCUUCACGCUUUGCUGCCACUGCACCCACCGGGUUUAUAGACAACGUGAUUGAUGGUCCAAGACGCGGCGUUUUUGGUUUUGGUAGCAGCAGUGGUGGCGGCGGCAUGGGCCGUUCUCCUUGGAAAUCUGGAGAUUGGAUUUGCCCAAGGUCAGGCUGCAAUGAACAUAACUUCGCAAGCAGGUCAGAGUGUUUCAGGUGCAACGCCCCAAAGGAACCUGCCUCCAAUCCACCCUACUAGUCCUGACUUUCUUCAUCAUCUUCAUGUUGCAUAGAGCGGGAUAAAACUAGUGAAGAACCGCAGCAAGAUACCGAUCGAACCUUCAUGUCGUGAUUUGUUUUUUCUUUCUUCUUUGAUUUGACUCGUUUCAUAUCUCGUAGGACCUUUCACUGGUUUUAGAAUGUAAGCACACUAAGCGCUUAAUUUCUUUUGAUAUCGGUCUCCUAGCUACCUACUAUGUACGUUUGUUUUAAUGUAUUAUUAUUUUUGAAAAAUGUCUUACCUUUCUUAUUUCGCAAUAACGAAUUUCAUCAAAGUUUGAA